GUAGCUGUGAAGGCCAUUGACUGGGUGGCAUUUGCUGACUAUGUUCCACCCAACCAGAGGAGCUUGUACAAUGCGCUGAAGAGUCGCAGUGAUGCCAUCUCUGCCAAACUAGCCUCCCUGCCCGAGACUCCUGCAGCCAUUGACUGGAGUUACUACAGGAGCGUAGUGGCCAAAGCAGGGAUGGUUGAUGAGUUUGAGAAGAAGUUUAAUGCCCUGAAGGUCCCUGAGCCAGUUGACACUCAGACGAGCGUCAUCAAUGCUAAGGAAGCUGAGGCUAACAAAAGUGCAUUAGCCUACAUUGAAGCAUCAAAGGCCCGUGUUGCUCAGUAUGAACACAAGUUGGAGAAAUUUAAGAAUAUGAUCCCCUUUGAUCAGAUGACAAUUCAGGACCUUAAUGAAGCCUUCCCCGAGACCACGCUGGACAAGGUCAAACACCCCUACUGGCCCCACAAGCCCAUUGCUGACCUGUAAUCCUGUCACUCACAUCACAAUAAAAAUUAUGUAUUUCAAAGAUAA